ACUCAGCAGGCCGCGGAGGACAGCGGCGGCAGCAGUGGCUUGUAAUUUUAAACUCUGACAUUUCCUUUUUUGCCACCUAUUUUCUGCCUGACCCGCGUGAUCUCGCCCCGAGCGAUUCCCCAAUCUCCGGAGCCCUUCAUGUCUUUGGCCGAUGACGACGAUUACCGGUGGCUUGAGACGGCCAGAUUUUCGAUUAGAUCACCGAGAGCGCGUGCUGCGAAAUGCGUCCAGCAGGAGUUGAAUCGGGCCAGUGAAAGGAGACGCCGCCCCAGGAAGGACUGUUAUCUGCGUGCCGUGCGACAAAGGAAGGAAUGGGAGGGACGGAGGAGCUUAGGCCCCCAGCGAAAGGGAAUGCUGAAAGAGGCUCACAAAUAUCUCCCGCAGUGUGACGAACUGCUGCAGAAUGCCGCCGAUCUGUACAUUGCGAGUCAACUGCAGAAUCCAAAUUCCCCAAUGAACCUUCUGAAAAUCAAAGAGUUUGAAAAAAUAAUGCAAGACACCGUUCAAAAAUUUCUUCAGGAACCCACUUGCAUUCAGAAGCAAUAUCUCCAAGCUGCUGUACUCUCAAAGUUUCAACAAACCGUCACCUGCUCGGACCCAUUCCAGAUUCUGCUAGCUUUACAUUGGGAAAAAUCCACUGCCAACAUGAAGCAACUACAGAGAGGUAACACUAAAUUAGACACCAACAUAAACAUAGGGCCGUUUGCACAUAACCUCGAGCGAGCAGAAGCCGGCGAAGAAUGUGAUCCUACAAGGCUACGACUAAUAUCUUGGAGGAACUGCGUCUCCGAAGCGCGCAAUUUGUGGAAACUCAUGAGCCCCGAUCAGAAGCUUCCGUUCUUCGUGCAAGCAUACAUGGCGUCACAUUUCCCGGCAAGCAUGGACCAAGCGCUCUGAUUGUUGCAUAAACGGUAUCGAUCAUUCGAGUGCGGCUUUGUUUGAUUUUAAUUUUUCGGCAUCUUUGACCAAAUAACUAGUAAUUACCUUUUUAGAGGUGUUGAAGGUUGCAUAAAUGCACGGUUCAAUGGCACAGUUUUACAAUGUCGGGCAAGUUCAAACGGUGCGAAUGAUGAUGCUGUUCCGAAGUAAUUGAUUCUCAAGUGAAUAAAAAAAAUAUUUGAAAGAAAA